AUUGAAGAGAUCAACAACUCCACAUUGCUGUUGCCUGGUGUCAGCCUGGGAUAUGAGAUUUUUGACUAUUGCUCUGACUUGCUCAGUUAUGGGGCUGCUCUGGACUUUCUGACCCAAAAGGGAAGAGGAGGCAUCCCCGUGUGGAACGGUACAAACUACAGACCUAAAGUCAUCUCAGUCACUGGCCCGUUUGGAAGCAGCCAAACCAUCAGUGUCGCCCCUCUGUACAUGUCUGAGAUGAUUCUAAUGGUGACUCAUGGGGCAUCAAGUGUCUAACAGAGCUCCAAAAACAGAUUUCCCUCCUUUUUCCGAACUAUUCCCAGCGACAAAUAUCAGGUGGAGUCUAUAGUCCGUAUACUCCAACAAUUUAACUGGAACUGGGUGGCUUUCAUCGGUGGUAAUGACUACAGCAGAGAUGCCUUGACAGUUUUUCAGGAUAAGAUUAGACCAGCUAACAUCUGUUUGGCGUACCAAGGCACCGUUCCCCAAAACCAAUCCUUAAUAGGGCGUCUAUUCAACAACAUAGCCAUGUUCAAUGUCCAGGUUAUUGUAGUCUUUGCCAAUGUGGAGUUUGUCAUUCCUUUCAUCCAAAAGGCCAUAGAUCUCAGAGUGAAGGAGAAGAUAUGGAUCGCUAGUGAGACAUGGUCCAACAGGUCAAAUUCAAAUUGGACAAUCAAAGUAUAGAGAUUGAUGAGAACGGGGACCCACCGGCUCAUUACGACAUUGUACACUGGGACUGCAAAAAUAAAAUAUGUUCUAAUGUGGACAUUGGCUCAUACCUUACCAACCCCACACCAAGCUUCCACAUUAAUGCAACUCUCAUACAUUGGUUUGAGGGCACAAAGGUUAGUACUUCUUCAAACUGGCUUCCACACCUGCUGUUUUGAGUGUGAGAUCUGCUCUGAUGGAAAGUACAUCAACCACACAGGUACUGAGCAACAUUGUUUUUGCCUGGAGUUUUUCCUUGACAGGUCAAUCCGUCAGAAAGAACACCUGGCACCAUUUAUUACCUAUGAAUCACAUGACAAAAAUUGUUAUCUGUACACAUAUUAGAAUCUGUCACCCAGUUCUCUUCCCUUCCUCUCCCAACAGCCGAUCCCUACAGCUGCAUAGAAUGCAAAAGGAUGAGUGGGCCAGGAAUGGCAGUACCUCAUGCACUAAGCGCUCUAUAGAGUAUCUGCAUUCUGAUGCUCCAUUGGCCAUUUGUCUGAUGUUCCAGGCCAUUUCCAUCAUCCUCAUCUCAAUUACCAUCUUGGUUCUGUUCCUUUGUAAGCAUGACACCCCUGUGGUAAAGUCAGCCGGUGGGAGGCUCUGCUUCUUCAUGUUGUGUUGCUUGUCCAUGUCCUCCUCCAGCGUCUUCCUCUACAUCGGCAAACCCACAGAGGCCAUCUGCACCUUACGCAAUUCUGUGUUUAUAGUCUUCUAUGUGGCCUGCCUGUCCUGUCUUGCUGUUCGCUCCUUCCAGAUUGUCUGUAUCUUCAAAAUGGCCGCCAAACUGCCCAAAGCGUAUGAUUUCUGGGUCAAGCAUGGUGGUCAGUGGAUCACUAUUAUCACAACCACUGUCAUAAUGCUGUUUCUGUGCAUUUUGUGGAUAGCCAUUGAAGGACCCAAGCCCAAUCAGAUAACAUUGUAUAGCGAGGUAAUUUUGGAUUGCACAUAUGGAGUCAUCCCCAUCUUUUAUGGGAUAGUACUGUUUGCCGUUUUGCUGGGUAUUGCAUGCUUUAGUUUUGCCUACAUGGGAACUGACCUGCCCAAAAACUACGAGGGUAAAUCUAUCACUUUCAGCUUGCUUAUCUUCUUCAUCUCUUGGGUCAUCUCUCUGACGGUGCACCUGUCCACCAAAGGAAAGCACACACUCUCCGUCAAUCCUUUCUCUGUGCUGUGCAGUCUGUAUGGUCUACUCUUACCUAAAUGUUUGGUUACUUCUUCCCUAAAUGGUUACUUCUUCCCUAAUCAUUAUCAUUACACCUGAGCAUAAUACAGCAGCCUAUUUUCAAACUGCAAUCCAGAGUUACACACUUCAACCUAGAUAAUGUACAGAUGUUGAGACAUAUGACUUGUGUUGU